ACACGAGAAUGGGAUGAUCUUGUUUCCGAAUCUCUUCAUCGAAAUAGAGAUUCCGUUCGAUUCCAAACAAAAAACCCUAUCAACAUUUGCUUGUUCCUAUGGAAGCGUAUAAGCAAUGGGUAUGGAGGCACAGAGAGUAUGUACACUCUUUGGGAUCUCUUGCCAACGGAUUAACAUGGCUGCUUCCUGAGAAGUUUUCAGCUUCAGAGAUUGGACCCGAAGCAGUUACUGCUUUCUUGGGCAUAUUUACAACCAUCAAUCAACACAUCAUUGAAACUGUUCCAACCACUCGUGCCCAUGUUGGACCUUCCGGGACUGAUUCGUCCCUCCUUUCUUAUCCCCUACUCAUCUCCAUCCUUAAGGACUUGGAAACCGUUGUGGAAGUGGCUGCUGAACAUUUCUAUGGAGACAGAAAAUGGAACUUCAUUAUUGCAACUGAAGCUAUCAAGGCGCUCGUUAGGUUAGCCUUGUUUCGGAACACCGGAUAUAAGAUGCUUCUUCAUGGAGGGGAAACUCCUAAUGAUGACAAAGAUCCUAACCAACCCGAGCUGCAAAAUAGACCUGGUCAUUUGGAUAGGAAUCAUCGUUCUGGAAACCAAAAUCUUUAUAAUCCAUGGAACAUGGAAGGACGGGCGAUGUCAGCUUUAAGCUCCUUUGGUCAGAAUGCAAGAACAACAACAACAACAACAACAUCUCCUACCUCAGGUUGGCCUCGAAGGAUUCAACACAACCAGCAAGCAGUUAUAGAGCCUGCAGUGAUCAAUGAGAAGCGAACAACUCUCUCCGAGCUAUUAUCUGAGAAGGGUGUUAAAGGAGCAUUGUUUGUGAUGGGUGAGGUUCUGUUCAUAACGAGACCGCUCAUCUACGUUCUCUUCAUCAGAAGAUAUGGAGUCCGGUCUUGGAUUCCUUGGGCUAUAUCUCUUUCUGUGGACACACUGGGGAUGGGGAUUCUUUCAAAUCUAAAGUUGUGGGGAGAUAAGAGCAGCAAGCAAAUCCAUUUCUCUCAACCUGAAAGGGACGAGCUUAGGAGACGAAAGCUGCUAUGGGCGUUGUACCUUAUGAGAGAUCCAUUCUUCACCAAGUUCACAAGGGAGAAGCUGGAAAGCUCUCAGAAGAAGGUGGAACCAGUUCCAUUGAUAGGCUUCCUCACAGAGAAAAUUGUGGAGCUUCUGGUGGGAGCUCAGUCACGUUACACUUACAUAUCGGGAUCUUGAGUUAAAACACUUGUGCAACAGAACAGAUCCGCAUUGUUGGAUUGCCUUAGGGAAUGUUGCAGGCUUUUGUAAGAAGUUGCGUUUAUUUCAGUUAGGACAUACAACCACACAAAGAUGUAGUUUUGAUGAUGAGCUGUUGAUAUUUAAACAAUGGACCCCAUACAAAUAAAUGAAACAAA